UAUUGGGGAUGGUGACGCUGGUGUUGCGGGUGGCCUGGGACGCGUGUAAUUGGUGGUAUUUUGUCGAGCAGCUGGAGACGCGGCCGGAAGCCACGGCGGAGAAUGUGUGGGACCCGUUUCCGCUGCGGGUGACGCUGGUGCAGUUUGUCGUGCUGUGGAGUGUCUUCUCCUCGCUGCCGUUCUUCGUCUCGCAACAGGUGUUCGGUGUGGCGAUGGUGCUGUCGUGGAUGUUCGGGUCGUGCAUCAAACAGCUGGUCAGCGAGAUCAACGAGGCCCACGACGACCUGCAGCGGCGUCUGGGCCGCAGCAACGGCCACUCCGAGAAGCACAUGGCCACGGCGGAGAAGCUGGUCAUCGCGCUAAAAGACCGGCACGCCCGCCUCGUGGAGUACUGCGAGGAGUUCAACGACACCUUCGCCUGGGAGCUGUUCUUCAUCUACUUCCUGGAUGUGUGCGCCGUGUGCGGCUACGUGGCCGACGUGGUGAUGAACGUGGAGAGCCACCUGCUAAGCGGGAAACUGUACCACUGGUUGAGUGUCCUGCUGUACGGGGUCUACGCCUCCGUCUUCUUCAUCCCGCUGGUGCGCGUCCACGAACAGGGACAUCGCAUUAUGCGGGCCUUGUACCAGAUGCUCCACACCGCCGAGCACUACACUCCGCCCACCGAGGGGGAACACUUGAAAAAGUACCUGGUGUCCUUUAUCAACGCCAGCAAGAACCAGGUGCUCAUGUUCCACGGUGCGGAGAUGUUCCACAUUACGCGCCACAUUCCCAUCGCGGUGCGUACUGCAUACUUCCGCUUAAGGGAAAUGGCCCGUAGCCCCGCAAUCGGGUCGCUCUUCAUAGAACACGCAGUGUUUUCUGCAGACGUGGACGCUGACGUUGUCUGCCGGGAUCGUCUGCAGCGAGAUUCUCGGGCAUCAGAAGAAAUGCCCGGAGGUGUGCCAGUGCGGCGCUGCCGGCAACGGUAGCCUACGCGGUCUGCAGCAGGAGACCACCGUCUCCGGGUUGGAUUUUGCGCUGUGAGGCCGGAUGAGACGUAUAAUGCCCGGUCCGUAGCUAGGGUUUUAUUGUCCCGUUAUAAAUGUUACUGUCGUUGUUGUUAGUGUAAAAUUAAGAGUAUUCUCAUACCUAUAAUGUUGUGUUGUACGUAGUGCUUCCUUUGCAUUUUUGUUUCCGUCGCAUCUGUUCAGUGCUAUUUAAUAGUUAAUGUGUAGCUGGCAUCUUCUAGCUGAAUCAAACACUGAUCAGUUGAUAACACAAAAGCACAUAGCUAUAGUAUAGGAUAAGGACAUGUUUCAAAAUAAGUCUCAUGAAAGUUAUUUGAAACGUAACAGUAACGUUUUGAAACCUGUCGAUCAUCACAGCUUUGGUGGCGAAAUUUCGACGAUUAA